AUGGUUAAAGCCACUAACGGACCGAUUAUUAUCGGAGAAAAUAACAUCAUCGAAGACCGAUGUCUUAUUGAAAAUAUACUGGAAGAAGGCGAUAAAGUAAUGGAAAUCGGAGAUCAAAAUAUUGUGGAAGUCGGAGCAGUAAUUCACGCGCCACGAAUCGGCAACAACAAUGUGAUGCACGUACAAUGUGAAGUCGGUCCAGACAGUUGUGUAAGCAAUGGUUGUUCUGUUGGAGUACGAUGUAAGCUUUUGGCCAAAGAAACUCUCCCUGAACGAACCGUUAUCUAUGGAAAAUGGAAUGAACGACGAGUUGCUAACGAUAAUCCACCGGUUCCUCAAGGUCAACUUGAAGUAUUGCGGAGACUGCUACCAUCGUAUCACUAUCUUCAAAAGUCGAAAGCAUAA